UCAGCCGCUGCGCGCAGGCGCCGCGGAGCCGCUGCCCGGGCCGGGGCCGGGGCCGGGGGCCGGGGCCGGGGCCGGGGCCGGGGCCCGGCGGGCAGCAUGCGGCAGGCCCUGACUCAGCAGCGGCCGGGCGGCAUCGCCCUGCCUGACUCCGUGGGGUCGUUCAAUAGAAGAAAAAGAAAUUCCCUCUACGUAACUGUGACUCUCCUCAUUGUGUCAGUAUUAAUUCUAACGGUGGGCCUAGCUGCUACAACAAGAACACAAAAUGUGACUGUUGGAGGUUAUUACCCAGGGGUUAUUCUUGGUUUUGGGUCGUUUCUUGGAAUAAUUGGAUCAAACUUGAUAGAAAACAAAAGGCAAAUGCUGGUUGCAUCGAUCGUCUUCAUCAGCUUUGGUGUCAUUGCUGCAUUCUGCUGUGCCAUAGUAGAUGGCGUCUUUGCUGCCAGACACAUAGACCUGCGGCCGCUGUAUGCGGGACGAUGCCAGUACUACUCCAAGAGUACCACGCUGCCAGAGGCAAUCUGUCAUCCGCAACGCCGUGCACCCUGCACACCGAAAAUAAAAACCAACACCUGCUUCUGUUGUGACCUGUACAACUGUGGGAACAGAGUAGAGAUUUCUGGAGGCUACUAUGAAUACAUUGAUGUCAGCAGCUGUCAGGACAUCAUCCAUCUUUACCACUUGCUUUGGUCGGCAACAAUUCUGAACAUAGUGGGGCUAUUCCUAGGGAUCAUUACAGCAGCGAUACUUGGAGGCUUUAAAGACAUGACUCCUUCCAUCCCUACGCUGAACUGCACAGUUGAAAAUGCACAUCCUACGGUGUCCUAUUACUCGAGGCCACAGGUGACAUCUUACAACACCUACUACCACAGCACUCCUCACCUGCCUCCCUACUCGGCAUAUGACUUUCAGCAUUCCAGCGUGUUUCCAGCCUCCACUCCUUCUGGCCUCUCCGAUGACCCCCAGUCAGUGUCACCUUCUCCCAGCUAUAUGUGGUCUUCCAAUGCACCUCCUCGUUACUCCCCACCGUAUUUUCCACCUUUUGAAAAGCCACCACCUUAUACGCCAUAAAGAAUGUGGAAGAGAAGAAAGAAAUACUUGCCAUUGAAAUAAUUGUGAACAUUUUGUAUUUAUAUUUUACUGUGGGAGAAAGCAGGAGGAUAGAAACAGGAGAUAAUUGCAAAUAUGACUAGUUGAUCAGACUGUUAUUUCAUGCAAGACUUAUUUCAGAGGUUUAUCAAUGGGGCAUGAGGAAAGGGAUGUAUUGUGAAUGUUUUGCAGUGGUGGUGAGUACCAGGGGACCUAAAUUCUAGCCUCCUCAUUUUCCAGUGAGGUUCAUAUAGUCCUUGGUUUUUAAUAAAGUGAUACGACACGUAUGCUAGAUUCUGGUCUGCCUUACUCCAUCUUGAGCCAAGCUGAAGUAAGAGUAGCCAGGACCAACAGCUGCCCAAGAAUAUCUUUCUGUUCAAGGUGAGAGUGCUUGCAGACAGCUCAGCUUGAUGCUUGUUUUGUCUGGUCUUUCGUCUCCAGUUGUUGGGGUUUUGUGGGGCCACUGAACCUAGCUCAUGUCACUUGUUGAUUACAGUCUAUGUAAUGGAAAUCCUUGUGAGGAGCCAUGACAGCAUCUCUUAACACUAAAACUAAUGAAUAGAGGUAACUUCAUAGGGUAUUUUCAUAUUUGUCCAGCAGAACAACUGGAAUAUUGCUUUUUUGACAGGAAAAACUUUAAUAGGCUUUAUUAGCUGUUUUAUUUUGGGUUACUACAAUGCAGUGAAAACUUUUUUUUUUUUCCUUCUGUUUGGUUGGGAAUUAUUUUUUAAGCUUGUAAUUUCAACUUUUUUAAUGGGUUGAAUCAGCACCCUGAAUAAGCACUGUUUUAGUAGCUGUAUUACAGGCUGCACAUAAGGAAUUUCCACUACUAGUUCUCCAAGAUGUAAGUCUCACAUGGAUAAAAUUCAUCGCCAUGUAAUAUAGGAUGAAGCUGAUACGAAUUUACAGUUAUUGUCGUGACUUUCAUUUAAUCUUCAGCUGAUGACUGUGCUGAUUGAUCUAGAUUCCAACAAAUUUUGCAUGCAUCCUGCAUAACAAAAGAAGGUCAGCUUUGUUAUGUGAUACAAUGUCCUGUAAAGUGUGGUUCUACUCCAGGAAGUGACCUCAGAUGACAGCUUUUAGAUCUAAGCUGCUUAACCUGAGCAUUCUCAACUGCUUGCUUCAGAGUUAAAAAAAUACGGUAUUGACAUUUUAUUCCUUAUUUCCUAAAAAUUUGAUUUCCUUUGCACCAAAUUGUUGAUCCUAUUCCUAAGUUGUCUACAUGACCUUCAAUUUAAUGCAAACAGAAAGCUACCAGAAAGCUAAAUCUUGUAUGCAGAAUCUGGAAGUGAUAUACAUGCUAGGGAAAGAAAACAACAGCUAGAAUUUAAACUGUGGCAUCUCUCUGCUUUUAAGCUAAAAAAAACUGAAAUACUGUCAAAAUGGAGAAUAAAUGCUGAAGUCCCUGAUCUCACUUUUCAAAGUACACUCACACUUUAUAAUGCUGUUUUUACUACUAUGCAUUUGCAAAGCCUUUAGGCUCAGCUGUGUGUUAACUUUAUCAUUCCACUGUCAAACACUAGUCAGUAUAUUAGUAAGUUAAAGGAUGACACCUUUUAUCCAGAAGCAAGCAUGUACCUUUUCUCCAGCAACAAAUAAAAAUAAAUAGCUGGAGAAAGCAAUACAGCACUUGGGAUUUAAAGCAGUAGUGUAUGCAAAACAUUUCCUGGUGACAUUUUGUUUUACUGAGGUAGCUGAAGUGCAGCCCCUGUAAAUUUGCAUAUUGAAAAUAAAUUUGCAUACUAGGGCUUCAUCCAUUUUAUAUUAUGUUUUCGAAAACGAAAUAUUGUUAAAGAGAUUCAUGUGCAAUUUCCAAAUAGGCAGUAUCUAAAACUCCCCACAAACCUAUCACUUGAAGGACACAUAAAUUUAAUAUCAGAAAACUUUUUAUUGCUGCAUCUUUGAAAUGGAAGCUAACAGUCCUGUCCCACUUUCAACAAACAUACUAUACCAUUUGUGCCUAUCUACUAAAUAGGGCUAGAAGGACUAGGGGACACCACAGGACAGGACUAAGAAAACUCAUAAGGGGAGCACAACUUGGUGGCAGAGAAACAAUAAAGAAAUGAUGGUGUCAUUGGUUUCAACUUGACAGAUAUACUAAACUUAGAAAAUUAUCCAAAUUCUUGUUUUAUAAGGAACUCUAAGGAAUAUUUAAGCAAAAAUUACAUUGCUGCUUUAAAUUCACUGUAAAAGGAUAAGGCCAUUGUCACAUUUAAAAAAAAAUAAUAAUAAUGGUUGGAUUUUUCUGUUGAACUACCCAUUACCUUCUGCUUGAGUAAAACUAAGUGUUUAAUGUAAAUGCAACAUUCUGCACUGUAUUCAUCAUUUCUUAUGCGAAUGUAAAAUUGUGACUCAUAUGUACCCUUUUAUUACUUUACCAAAGUUAAAUAAAAUUGUGUGACUUUUGUAAACAUUUA